GCGGCCGGGGACGAGGCGGAGGCGGCGGCGGCAGCGGCGGCGGGGCGCUCGGGCUGAUGGCGGCGGCGGCCGGGCCCAGAGCCGCUGUCCCAUGGCCGUGCGACAGCGACAGCUACCCCGGAGCGCAGUCCCCGAAGGAUGAUAAUGAAGAUAAUUCAAAUGAUGGGACCCAGCCAUCCAAAAGGAGGCGAAUGGGCUCAGGAGAUAGUUCUAGGAGUUGUGAAACUUCAAGUCAAGAUCUUGGCUUUAGUUACUAUCCAGCAGAAAAUUUGAUAGAGUACAAAUGGCCACCGGAUGAAACAGGAGAAUACUAUAUGCUUCAAGAACAAGUCAGUGAAUAUUUGGGUGUGACCUCCUUUAAAAGGAAAUAUCCAGAUUUAGAGCGACGAGAUUUGUCUCACAAGGAGAAACUCUACCUGAGAGAACUAAAUGUCAUUACUGAAACUCAGUGCACUCUAGGUUUAACAGCAUUGCGCAGUGAUGAAGUGAUUGAUUUAAUGAUAAAAGAAUAUCCAGCCAAACAUGCUGAGUAUUCUGUUAUUCUACAAGAAAAAGAACGUCAACGAAUUACAGACCAUUAUAAAGAGUAUUCUCAAAUGCAACAACAGAAUACUCAGAAAGUUGAAGCCAGUAAAGUGCCUGAGUAUAUUAAGAAAGCUGCCAAAAAGGCAGCUGAAUUUAAUAGCAACUUAAACCGGGAACGCAUGGAAGAAAGAAGAGCUUAUUUUGACUUGCAGACACAUGUUAUCCAGGUGCCUCAAGGGAAGUACAAAGUUUUGCCAACAGAGCGAACAAAGGUCAGUUCUUACCCAGUGGCUCUCAUCCCCGGACAGUUCCAGGAAUAUUAUAAAAGGUACUCACCAGAUGAGCUGCGGUAUCUGCCAUUAAACACAGCCCUGUAUGAGCCCCCUCUGGAUCCUGAGCUCCCUGCUCUAGACAGUGACGGUGAUUCAGAUGAUGGCGAAGAUGGUCGAGGUGACGAGAAACGGAAAAAUAAAGGCACUUCGGACAGCUCCUCUGGCAAUGUGUCUGAAGGAGAAAGCCCUCCCGACAGCCAGGAGGACUCUUUCCAGGGAAGACAGAAAUCCAAAGACAAAGCCGCCACUCCAAGAAAAGAUGGCCCCAAACGUUCUGUACUGUCCAAGUCAGUUCCUGGGUACAAGCCAAAGGUCAUUCCAAAUGCUAUAUGUGGAAUUUGUCUGAAGGGUAAGGAGUCCAACAAGAAAGGAAAGGCUGAAUCACUUAUACACUGCUCCCAAUGUGAGAAUAGUGGCCAUCCUUCUUGCCUGGAUAUGACAGUGGAGCUUGUUUCUAUGAUUAAGACCUACCCAUGGCAGUGUAUGGAAUGUAAAACAUGCAUUAUAUGUGGACAACCCCACCAUGAAGAAGAAAUGAUGUUCUGUGAUGUGUGUGACAGAGGUUAUCAUACUUUUUGUGUGGGCCUUGGUGCUAUUCCAUCAGGUCGCUGGAUUUGUGACUGUUGUCAGCGGGCCCCCCCAACACCCAGGAAAGUGGGCAGAAGGGGGAAAAACAGCAAAGAGGGAUAAAAUAGUUUUUGACUCUAAUACUGUGUAUGCAUUUAAGUGGAAUAUUUGGUGCCAAUUUAUUUACAACAUUUUCAUUUUUAUGCCAAUAAAAGAUUUUUUUUUUUUGCAAAUUA